AUGAAUGCCAAAGCUAGCAAGAAACCUGGCCCCUCUAGAGCCCCUAGUACAAAGCUGUGGAAGAAAAUGUGGAGUGCUCCGGUAAAUUCGCGAAUCCGCAAUUUCUUAUGGCGAAUGGCAAAAAACAUUCUACCAACAAAAGACAAUCUGUCCAGGAAAGGUAUCAACUCAGACCUUUUGUGCCCUCUAUGCCAAACAGCGAAGGAAUCGGUAAGUCACCUUUUUAUGCAAUGUGUGUUUGUAAAGCAACUCCUCUUCUCUUCCCCGUUGAGCUACCGCGUCCCCACUAACAGCGAUAUAAAAGACUGGUUGUUGGGAUUUCUCUCUUGCGGCGACGUUUUCAGUAUUCAGUUGUUGUGUACCAUGUUGCAUAGAACCUGGCUUGCUCGGAAUAGUGCAGUUUUCAACCAGAUUUUCCAAGAUCCGAUUCGUGUGGCAGAGGACGCGGUGAAUGGUGUGGCUGAGCAUAAUAGGUGGAAUCAGGAAGAAAAGACAAUUUCAAUUGCAGCUACCACGACGAAGCCUUGGCCAAAGGACGUCAUUACUAUUCAAGUGGAUGCGGGGUUGAGUCCAAACGGAUCCAUCGCUUUUGGAGGAGUUUUCCGGGACCGUGAGAGAAAGAUCAUAAUGGCAGCCAGUAAGAAGGAGGAGGCUCGUACAGAACCGGUUGUCGCAGAGAUACUGGCCAUUAGAUGGAGUCUUGGCAUAGCCGCAGAUUUGAAGUUUGAAAGGAUCAUCUUGCAGUCGGAUGCUCUUGGUGUAGUAGACUGCAUUAAUGGUCAUCGGAGCAUUGCUGUGAUCGAUCACAUUACCGAGGAUUGCAGAAUUCUUCUUAAUUCUUUCUCUUUCUCUUCUGUUAUGUUUAUUCCUAGAUCUUCUAAUGUUGAUGCCCAUAAUUUAGUAGUACUUAGUAAGAGACUAGGCUCUAGAACCUGGCUAGGAUCUUACCCAAUGGAGGAUCAUGUUGUAACAAACUCUGGUUUGAUUUCUGCUGUUUAA